AUGCAACUCUCCUCCUGGCUCGAAUGCCAAAUCAACAGCUUCUACCCCUUCCCCGCAAACACCCACUGGCCCACAGCCCACGCCUGCGCCUUCUCCAAAUCCCUAAAAUUCACCUUCAACAACACACACUACGACUACAACGGCUCACUCGCACUAUACCACUCCUUCAACGCCACGCUCGGAACAGCAUUCAUGCCGUUCAAGCACGGCUUUAUCAAUACGCUUGGCGUGCCCAGUGACGCUGGUGAUAAGGGCGGGUUUGUGUAUAUGAUUGGCUGGGCGGGCGGGUUCCAGACGAGAGCGAAGCGGGAUAUGUAUUUUACGAAUGCGGCGUUUGCGGUUGUGGAAGAGGAGGAGGGGGAGCGCAAGAUUGUGGAGUUUAGGGAGAGUGGGAAUAUUCCGAAUUCGGCCGUGUUGCCGGAGCCGGUGGAGUGGGGGUGUGAGUUUGAGUAG